AUGGUUCUCCGCUUAAUCCAGUCUCCAGUAAUCCGACAUACCCUCAGUCGGGCUUACUCCACUCCAGCCCCGUCGCCUAACUCGCUACCAUUGAAACAAAUCUUGUUGGGUGGAUUGGCAGCUGGUGCAGGUAUCUUGACAUACGCCUCUAUGGGAGGCUCUCCAUCGGGAGUCGAAAAGGUUGAGGAAAGUUCCACCAAGCCCGUUACGGCAAGUGCCCUCAGUCCCAAAGAAUGGAGGAAUUUUCAGUUGAAGCAAGUGAUUCCUUACAAUCAGAACACCUCCACUUUCAUCUUCGAGCUACCUAAGGGAACCGACUCUGGCUUGCACGUGGCGUCAUGUCUCAUCACCAAAUCUGUGGCUCGGGAGGGACCGAUGGCGUGCAAUGAUGACAAGGGUAAGCCUGUCAUCAGGCCUUACACCCCUAUAACGCCACCCAAACAGACAGACACCUUGCAUCUCAUGGUCAAAAAUUACAACGAAGGAAAGAUGACCAAUCACAUUUUCAGCUUGAGCCCUGGCGAUCAACUCGCCAUGAAGGGGCCGUUCCCAAAAUGGCUUUACAAACCUAACGAGUUCAAAACGAUUGGAAUGAUUGCUGGAGGAAGUGGGAUAACUCCUCACUGGCAGAUAAUUCAGGAGAUCGCAUCUAACCCCCAAGACAAGACGAAAGUCGUGCUACUUUUUGCCAAUCAAAAGGAGGAAGACAUUCUUCUCCGCAAAGAAUUCGAACGUUUGGCCAAAGAGAAACCCCAUCAAUUUUCGAUCAACUUUGCUCUUGACCAGCCACCGAAGAACUGGCCGAGCGAGUUGAAGGGCUACUUGACCAAGGAUGUCUUGAAGUCUAAGCUGCCUUCGCCGGCGCUUGGUUCGGACGUCAAAAUUUUUGUAUGUGGUCCACCAGGACAAGUCGCGGCCGUUGCCGGUCCAAAGAAUGACAUGGAACAGGGAGAACUUAAGGGAAUGCUAAAAGACCUCGGGUUCACCGAAGACCAGGUGUACAAGUUCUGA